AUGUCGGUAUCGAGACCGCAGCUUUCGCUGUGGGAGAAGAGAGACUUGGUCUUUCGUUUGCUAUUCCGUGCUCCGAUACAACUGGCGUGGAAUUUCUUCUACGGCAUCCCGUUUGCUAUCGCGAGAGGCGUCUCUAUCCGCUUCUUUGCCUUCUGCGCGUAUUAUCGUUUCGCUCUGGGGUCGAUGAGAGCACGCGAAAUACAAUUCCUCAUCCCUCCUUCGAUCAAGACGUACGAGAAAUGGAUCGCGAAAAAGCAGAAGCGCCAUCCAGAGCUCGCGGACAAGCUGCAGAAAAAGAUCGAGUCUCUCCCUGCUAAUGACGGCUCGAUCUUGUGGAUCGGCAAUCGUCAGAAGGCCACAAAUUUUGUGUUGUUUUUCCAUGGCGGCGGAUACGUAGUGCCUCUUCUCCCCGGCCAUCUCGACUGGUGCUGGAACGCGUAUGUGACCGGCGGCCCUGGAGCUCACGCAGAGGUUGCCGUUGCUGUCUUGCAGUACACUCUCGUCCCCGAAGCUCGAUAUCCGACACAGCUCCGUCAGGCGAUCGCGGCGUUCAACCAGCUCAUCCUAUCCGGCAUCAAACCCAACGACCUCCUCAUUGGCGGCGAUUCGGCCGGAGGCAACCUGGCGUGCUCCGUCGUUCGCCACAUCUGCCACCCAUGCCACCUCGAGAUCCCGGCCCUGCGCCUGGAGAACCGUCUUGCAGGUGUGUUCCUGGUGUCGCCCUGGCUUAGCAGCAAGACGACGACGCCGGCUUUCACAGAGAACAACUACGUCGACAUGCUCACCACGACAUGUAUGUCCCGUGCCACGGCCGAGCUCCUUCACCCGCGAUUCCCCGUGCGGAAUAAGUCCGACGAGAGCGAUCUCGCCAUGGCGAUGCCAAUGGACGGCGACAUGGCGUGGGUGGAUGAGAUUUCUGCGGCGACCAAGAGUCUGUACAUCACUGGAGGUCAGCAGGAAGCUUUUAGAGAUGAUAUUCGCGCGUUCUCGGAGCACGUCAGCUGUGGCAAUAAUGAUCUGGAUCUGCUAGUUGAAUUGCCGGAACGCGAGGCUCAUGAUUUCAUCUUGCUUGAGGGUCAGACGGGGCGUGUGGGCGAUGCGACGUGCAGCGAGGCGACAAGUGCUCCUGAGUCAUCAUAUCCAAACCCUGGCUUAUCUAGUGCCUUGAACCCCGCCGUGGCCAUCGUCGACGAGAUGCCUCCAGAUCAACCCCCUCUCAACUGCGCCUACAACCGUGACGAUGUUGUCGCUGGCCUUACUCAAUACUAUUCGGCCCUCACGCGCCUCGCCUACAUUCCAUCAUCAUACGUCGACUUCCCACCGCCAGGAGGCUGGACAGAUGCCGAUCUAGAUAUCGGCGCCCUGCGCGCUCUGCGACGCUCCGAGGUCGUUAUCGACCUGCUGCGCCAUCUCCCCUACGCCAGACCGAUGCACGACGGACCUCGUCCGGGCCCCUGGAACGUCGCACCACAAACCAAGGCUGUGCGCUACCUCCGUCACAUGGGACACUUCAGCCAGUGGUCCGAUCGCGGCGACGCGGGGCUUCAUGAGCUCGCUGCCCUUCCCACGCGCGACACGGGAGCCGCUCCGAUGGAUUUGCCGCCGGAUGUUGUCUGCCUCACGUAUGGAGAGUACCGUUCUUCCAGUUCGCGCACGAAGCCUUACUGGUGGAUCAUAGACUGCAGCCGAGGUAUCCUCACGCCGUACGAGGAGAACCUCUACACUGUUGGAAAGGUCCCGCGUAACAAGCCGUGGCGGUGUGUACGGUCGUACUCUGUUACAGAUUACUUCUCUCAGCUUGUGUCAAGCUUAGGUGUUCAGCUGUUCCCCGUGCCGCCGACCGAGGACGACGACGCUGAGAUCCUCGACCCGAGCGCUCUCGCCAAGUCGUCGGAGCCGGUGGAUAUCUACAGCGCCCACGGCUGGGGCACUGGCGACCUCGCAGACUUCAAGCACGACGAGUGCAUCGUCGCGCUCCAGGGCUGGCGGCGCCGGGUACACGAGGCAGAACAGAGAAAGAUUGCUCAGGACGUUGACGACGCAGACGAUGAGGACUUUGAGAUGGACGACAGUGAUGACGAUGAGGAUGCGGCGCACGAGGGAGAAGCGGGCGACGGACUUGCUGAUGCCGUGGCGGAUAUGGAGAUGGAUGAUUUGAGUGCCGAAGCUGCUGCUCUGAGAGCCGAUAUGAGCCCAGAGGAGCGUGCAAAGUUUGAUUGCAGACAGACGCAGUCGCACUUUGAGUGGAUCGACGAGGAAUGA